AUGAAGAUCACUUACGUCCUCGCAGGACUUUUGUCCUUGACCGCUGCCUCUCAGGCAGAGUUGAUGCGAGUCAACCUUAAGAAGGCAGACAUCACUCCAGCAGAGCAGAUGCUGGCCUACUCCGAGACUGGCUCCUACAUGGCCCAAAAGUACUUUGGAUCCGUCCACCGCAAGAUGAAAACCGACGAGGCCAACCAGAUCAUUGGUCUCGAUGCGAAUGGAAAGCCCACCUACGGUGUCCCUCUCUCCAACUAUAUGAAUGCCCAGUACUAUGGAGAGGUUAAUGUCGGAACACCUCCUCAGACAUUCUCAGUCGUCUUUGACACGGGUUCGUCCAACUUUUGGGUUCCUUCGACCCAUUGCAACUCGAUCGCCUGUUUCCUGCACCGCCGAUUUGAUUCCGAAAAGUCAACCACCUUCCGCCCCAAUGGAACCCAGUUUGCGAUCCAGUACGGCAGCGGAUCGCUCGAAGGUAUCAUCAGCAACGACGUUGUCGAGGUCGGUGGAGCCGUCAUCAAGGGCCAGGACUUUGGCGAGUCAGUCAAGGAGCCUGGUCUGGCGUUUGCCUUUGGCAAGUUUGAUGGUAUCUUUGGUCUGGGCUACGACACCAUCUCUGUCCUGGGCGUCGUUCCUCCAUUCUACAGCCUGGUCAACCAAAAGCUGAUCGAUGAGGCCGUCUUUGGGUUCUACUUGGCUCAGGCUGAGGGUUCCACCGGCGGCCAGAUGACCCUUGGAGGUGUCGACUCGAACCAUUUCACAGGUGACCUGCAGUGGCACAACGUCCGUCGCAAGGGAUACUGGGAGAUCGACCUGUCCAAGAUCCAGCUCGGCGACGAGGAGGUUGAGAUGAACGCCGGCGCUGUCAUUGACACCGGCUCGUCCUUGAUUGUCCUGGCCACCGCGAUGGCCGAGAUGAUCAAUAAGGAGAUAGGUGCCAAGAAGAACUAUGCGGGCCAGUACACGAUCGAGUGUGAGAAGGUCCCCUCGCUGCCCGAGUUCUCGUUCUUCUUUGGAUCGACAAAGUACACCCUCCAGGGUUCUGACUAUGUCCUCAAUGCUGGAGGAUCGUGUAUCUCUGGCUUUAUGGGCAUGGAUUUCCCCGAAUCCCUGGGCGAUCUCUGGAUUGUCGGAGAUGUCUUCUUGCGCAAGUACUACAGCGUCUAUGACCUAGGCAAGAACCGCGUCGGCUUUGCUCCCUCCAAGUAG